UGCUGCAGCUGGGCCGAGCUGCCGGGCUUGGGCCGUGGACGAGGGAUGGCGAGCGUGCGGGUGGCUGUGAGGGUCCGGCCUCUCAGCAAGAGGGAGACCAAAGAAGGGGGAAGAAUUAUUGUGGAAGUUGAUGGCAAAGUGGCAAAAAUCAGGAAUUUAAAGGUGGAUGGUCGACCAGAUGGCUUUGGCGACUCCCGGGAGAAGGUUGUGGCCUUCGGCUUUGAUUACUGCUACUGGUCGGUCAACCCAGAGGACCCCGAGUAUGCAUCUCAGGAUGUGGUGUUCCAGGAUUUGGGGACUGAAGUACUGUCUGGAGCUGCCAAAGGCUACAACAUAUGCCUUUUUGCCUAUGGGCAGACAGGCUCUGGGAAGACAUACACCAUGCUGGGGACCCCAGCCUCUGUUGGGCUGACGCCGCGGAUAUGUGAGGGUCUCUUCAUCAGGGAGGAAGACCAUGCCCCACCACCUUCUUCCUGUAGGAUAAAAGUAAGUUUCCUAGAAAUCUAUAAUGAACGGGUGCGGGAUCUGUUGAAGCAAUCUAAUCAAAAAAAGUCCUACCCCCUGCGGGUCAGGGAACAUCCGGAGAUGGGGCCCUAUGUACAAGGUUUGUCUCAACACGUAGUUACCAACUAUAAGCAAGUAAUUCAACUCUUGGAGGAGGGAAUAGCAAACAGAAUCACAGCAGCCACCCAUGUUCAUGAGGCCAGCAGCAGAUCCCAUGCCAUCUUCACUAUCCACUAUACACAGGCAAUCCUGGAGAACAACUUUCCCUCUGAAAUUGCUAGCAAGAUCAACCUUGUGGACCUAGCAGGCAGUGAAAGAGCAGAUCCCAGUUACUGUAAGGACCGGAUUACUGAAGGAGCCAAUAUCAACAAGUCUCUUGUGACUCUGGGAAUUGUGAUCUCCACCUUAGCCCAGAACUCUCAAGUAUUCAGCAGCUGCCAGAGCCUCAACAGCACAGCCAGUGAUGGUGGUGACAGUGGGAUCCCUAGCUGUCCUUCUGGGACCAGCAGUGGAUGGAGACCCUCCCGGAGGCAGUCUUACAUCCCAUAUCGGGACUCUGUGUUGACCUGGCUGCUGAAGGACAGCCUUGGAGGCAACUCCAAAACCAUCAUGGUUGCCACCGUGUCUCCUGCACACACUAGCUACAGUGAGACCAUGAGCACACUGAGAUAUGCAUCCAACGCCAAAAACAUCAUCAACAAGCCACGGGUAAAUGAGGAUGCAAAUGUAAAGCUGAUCAGAGAACUCAGGGAAGAGAUUGGGAGACUGAAAGCCAUGCUGCUGAGCUUCGAACUGAGAAACUUCAGUUCAUUGAAUGUGGAAAAGGAUGAAAAUCUGAAGGAGCUGGUUCUCCAAAAUGAAUUGAAGAUAGACCAGCUGACUAAAGACUGGACCAGGAAGUGGAACGAGUGGCAGGCCCUUGUGGAGCAUUACAGAGUGGACAUCAACAGGAGGAGGGCUGGGGUGGUCAUCGACUCCAGCCUGCCACACCUAAUGGUCUUGGAGGACGAUGUGCUCAGCACAGGUGUCGUGCUCUAUCACCUCAAGGAGGGAACAACAAAAAUAGGAAGGAUUGACUCAGACCAGGAACAGGACAUUGUCUUGCAGGGUCAGUGGAUUGAGAGAGACCACUGCACUAUCACCAGCGCCUGUGGGGUAGUCAUUCUGCGGCCUGCCCAGGGGGCCCGCUGCACAGUCAAUGGCCGGGAGGUCACUGCCUCCUGCCGUCUGACCCAAGGAGCCGUCAUAACCCUGGGGAAAGCACAGAAGUUCCGAUUCAACCACCCAGCAGAGGCUGCUGUCCUUCGACAGAGAAGGCAGGUCGGAGAGGCUGUCGGUGGCAGUGGCUCUUUGGAAUGGCUGGACUUGGAUGGAGAUGUCACUGCCUCCCGGUUGGGUCUCUGCCCUUUGCUUUGGAAAGAAAGGAGAGUGCUGGGAGAGCAGAGUGACGAGGACCACCAGCCACCGAGGGCUGGAGAGACGCCCCAUAGGGCCCAGAUUCAGCAGCAGCAGUGCUACGUGGGGGAUCUGAGGCAGCGAAUCCUAGCGGGACAGAUUAGAGCCAAACAGGAACUGGAAGUCAACCAGGCGAGCGCCAGCCGGCAGAUUAAAGACAACCAGCAGUGGCUGCUCAGAGAAGAGACUUGGCUGGCCAGGUUGCAGCAGCAGCAACAGCAAGACUACGUAGCAGAGAAAGAACUUGAGGCUUCUCUGCCACCUGAUGCCUGGCUUCAGACAGGUCCUGAGACUCAACCAUCCCCACUGGCCCGAAGCCGGAAGAGGGUGGUGCGACUGCAACUUCUGCGGAGACACGCUCUUCGGGCAGCAGAGCGGAACAUCCGGCGAAGAAGGGUCUCGUUACAGCUAGAGAGAAUCAUCAAGAAUCAAAGGCUGCUGGAGGCCCAGAAGAGACUAGAGCAGCUAAAGGCAUUGUGCUGGCUCCAGAAUGACUGCCCCCAGAAGCCUCCAUACCAGGUCCCCAGCCACCCUACCGUGGUCCCAGGGCCUCAACAUAGAAGCAUAUCGACAAGUUGCAGUUCUUUGAGCCUCCGAAGGCUCUGCAGCCAGUACUUGCCCCAGCUACGCAGUGUUUUCCUGAAUUGGGAUCCCUCCACCACGUUACCUCCUAUUCCUGACCCUACUGACCAAAUAUCAGAGAAAACCCCAUCAGAAGAUUACUUGCCCCAAGCGGCUUCUUACCUUCCAAGGACAGGGCAUUUCAGCAAGAAUGCCCUCUGUUCCUCAGGUGAGGGGCAGCUCUGCACAGCCAGGGGGGCCUUGGCCAGGGAGGAAGCCUCAGCCCCAGACACCUGCUUCACCAUGAGCUCUGAGUCUGCCAGCAUCCAGGAAAUGGAGAGAGUUGGUAAGCAGCCCCACUGGAUGGUGUCCCAGAGCUUAGCAUCUCUGGGCCAAUCAGCUAACAAGCUAAAGCCAGGGGAUGAGCCAAAGGCCCUCACCCCUUCCACCCACACCAGGAAGGGUAAGGGACCAGCGGACUCUGGCCAUGCACCAGCAGGGUGGCGAAAACAAGGGAACUUUGGGACCCACAAGGCUGCUAAGGGAGCUGGUUACAGUUCCUCACAUCCCCGUGGACCCAAACAGGCAGCUGGGUGUGGAAAGCCAGCCAGGGCUUUAUGGGCAGAAUCCAAACCACCUUCCCCAAGCAGGACAUCAAAAAGGCAGCAGAGGGUGCUGGCAGCUAGGGUCAGAGACGUUGCCAAAAAGUCGUCUUGUUUGCCUCAUGGCAGCCCUUUGAAGAGGCAACACAGUGCAGGGGACCCAGACACGAUGGCGUCACUCACAGAUUCCGACCGAGUAGUGGAUCAUGCAAGAGGAAAGGAUGAUGAUUUAUCUGACGCAGAUAGCAGUUACUCAGUAGAUUCUCUCUCCUGUGUCUGUGCCAAAGCCCUGACGGAGCCGCUGAAGCCAGAGGAUCCCCAGGGGAAGGAGCGGGAUCUCCUAGAGCCAGAGAACUCCGAAAGUGAUGACAGCCAAAUAUCUAAGGACUCACUUGCUGAGAAGGGGUACCAAAGCCCACAAGACAGCCCAGAGGGCAGUUAUCUCACCAACGGCCAGGGCCACACCAGGGCCAGAGCUAGAGUCUCUGUGAGGGGCUUCACCACAUCCUCAGACAGUGGACUAUUCGCCCAAACUCACAGGAGCUUUUCCCUGGAUAGCCUGAUUGACGUUGAGGAAGAACUGGGGGAAGAUCAGCAAGAAGAGCCUUUCUUCGGUUCAGCUGAUGAGAUGCCCACGGAGACUUUUUGGCACCUGCAGACGUCCAGUCUGCCCAUAGUGGACGAGGAGGCAAUGUGCAGUCUCAGUCCCAUCAACUACAGAACAGGAGCCAGGCUGGAUGCCAUCCUGCCAAUGAGCAGUUCAUUUUACCUUGAUCCCCAGCCCCAGCCCCACUGUGAACAGCCUGAGUCGGAAGUCGAGGCAAGGUCCUCUGAACAGGCCAACACUCUCCAAGGCAUACAGCUUUCAAGAGGGAGCCCUCUGUUGUCUGUGGAUUCCUGGUUUUCUUGUGACUCCAAGAUCAAUUCCAGCAGCCCUCCAGGAAUAGUGAGUUCUUCAUGUCCAAGUCCUGAUGUCCAGGAAUUUCAGCCCUGUGGUUGGGAGAGGCCUGGAUACUGGCUAAAUAUGGAGGAAUUAAAGCCCUCAGGUACAGAAACAGUCCUGCCUUAUAGCCCCAAACUGCCCCAAGGUGGUGCUGAGGUACCUGACAGUGUAAGGGCUGUGUACACAAUCCCUGCUGCUGAUACGUCCAGGCUGUCACUCUGGGGGUCUUACAGGCUUCUUCAGCCAGGAGCUGAUGGCACCUUUCAGGCCAGAAGUAUUCCUGAUAUGGCCCAGCAGGGCAACUCUGAAGCAUCCAACAACUCUAGUGUGUCCAGCAUGUUGGUUGCCUCUGCUGCCUCAUUCCCUCAUGUAGGCAGUGCCUGUGAGAAGGACUGGGCUGCCCUUCAGCAAAAGUACUUCCUUGAACUGUCUCAUCCUGUUUUGGAGGCUGUAGGAGAGCCCAGGCCAUCUUUCCCCUCCCUCGAGGAAGACUCCAGAUCCCUGACCCAAGCUUCUAUCAAAGGGGGAGAUACUCUAUUGCCAGUUGGUUCUGGGGUAUCUAGCAGUCUGGAUUUCAACAACUUUCCUAUCCAUCUAUCCAAAAUUAGGCGUUUGAGAGCAGAGAAAGAACAGGACAGUAUGAGUGUCGAGUUAGAAGGUACUUCAGAUUUCUUUACAACUAGUGAGAAAGAGGUGAGUUGUAGUGGAACUUAUUCAGCAGACGUAGAAUCAUUGACUUCUGGAACUACAAAUGCGCAGGUCUUUGCAGCAGAGAACAGGAUAGCAAAUUCCAUGGUAGAAGCAUGUGAAGUCAAACAGAACAACUUGGAAGAAUCCUCUCAGAGUAGCGAGAAACCUGGACUAAUGACUUCCUCUGAUGAGUGUUUCUUCCCAAAGAAUCCUUGUCACAGUAAUGUCACCAUAGCCACCAAAGAAGACCAUUGGCCCCAAGGCUGGGCUCCUCUCAGGAAGAAUAGUGCAGGCCAGGCGGGGCAAUUAAGUCACAACAGCCACCACCCUCUUCAGGAAGAGAAGGCAGACUACCAGGAGAGUUCCAAGGAAGUAGUCGGGAGACACACCAAUCUUUCCUUUGCCUUUCCGUCAGGUCCAGAGCUGUAUCUCCACUCUGCUCCCUGGAAUCCAUUUCCAUCUUCCCUGCAGCCACCUCUCGUGGAAACAUUCUAUGUGACCAAAAGCCGGGAUGCUCUGACAGAAACUGCCUUAGAGAUCCCGGCUUGCAGAGAAGCAAGAGUGCCUUCUCCACCCCCCAGGGAAGCCUGGGGCUUUGGUCAUGACCACCAAGCCCUACAAAAUGUUUAUUUGAAGAAUAGUGUGCCAGUGUUGUUACAAAACCAAAAUUCCAAGAUUGCUUCAUCUCAGCAGGUCACAACAGAGAGGCCAGUUGAUCUGAACACCAAGGAAGUUAGCGGAGAAACAGGGAAAUGCCCUGGAAAUAUUAAAGAAGAAAGCCAUAAUUCAGUUUAUUUUUUUGUUGCCCAGAACAGACAUUUUCUUCCAUCUACUAGCACAAAAGUAUGUGAAUUUGAAAAUCAAGUUGGAAUUUUAAAUAAACACAGUCUUCCAGCACUCAAGGAGGGAGAAAAGGCCACUGGACAGUCCUACUGCAAUGUUCGCUCAAAUGGUUCUGGGUCUCGGAAGCCUCUCCAGGUUUGUGAAUCUGAGGCAGGUGGGGAAGAAGAGCAGCAUCAGAAUGCAGUCCUAAGACAGACCCAGGCCUUUGAUAACAACAGACAGCUUACUUCUAGGGCCAGGUCUGAUUUCAUGUAUAGAAACAUCAAUUUAGGCCUUGACAAGGACAUGUUAGGGGAACCUGCUCUUUCUUGGAAGUCCAGAUCAGUACAUCAUAGAGUAAGCAGCCCAGAGAUAAUGGCCCAGGAUGAGAGUCCAACCUAUAAGGGGGAAUGGAAGAAUGAAACUGGGCUUCUUGGAAAAGCUUUCCAUCCCAAAGACAGCUCAGAAGAGGUUCCACGGACAGAGUCCACAUAUAAAAGAUUCCAGUCAGUUACAUGCUCUCAGGAAAUAAACUCCAGUGAAGGCAAGGGCCCUGGAAAGUCACAAGAAACAUUAAACUCCAAAGAAGAACUUUCUGGAAAGAAACAGAAUAAAAGAGUUAAUAAUGGUGAUGAAAUGGCUAAGCUAAUUAGGAGUGUAACGCAGCUGGAAAAUGGCAUCUUGGAAAUCGAAUCCAAGCAGAAUAAGCAGCCAUAUGCUUCCAACAUACUGAGAAUCAGUAAAGAGUUUGUGAUCCAGGACCAGAAGGACCAGGAUAUUGCUGACCAUGUCCCGGGGCCAGGCAGCUCUGGAGAUCACUUUUCCUUCAAGGAUCAGCCAUCUUCUCCAAAACAGACAGAUGAUGUUAUCUUUAGGGAUGGUGAAGCUGGAGAAAUGGAGCUUAGUAGUAGCAGUGGGGAAGAUCUCCAGGUCCAGAAAAUCACCCUGAGCCCCUUCCAGUCAAGGGAAUGUGUACAAGAUGUUAAAUUUGUGAGAGAGCACACCCAGCCAGCUGUAUUAGACAGACCCACCAGGGACACUUGUGAUUAUUUAGGGACAUGUACAGCUCACAGGGAGUCCACCAACCCUUCUGUUAAUCCAAGGAGAACGAAAGCAUUGGCUAGAGCUCUGCCAUUGCAGUCCAGGCCUGAGAGGUCUUCUGAGAAGGAGGGUAAGUUGGUGGAUGCAUUAGCAAGCCCCAAAGGGCAGCCCUGUGCCUUGGGAAGUCUUGAGAAAUUAGAGACUGUGAAAGGUUUUCAAGAAAGCCACGUUGCCAAAUGCAUAAGUAGUUCUAAGCAAGAGGAGCCAAAAAUUCAAGGCAGAGUUGACAAAAUGGCUGUGCAAAGAGGAGGGAGCCUACAGGAGGAAAAAAAAAUGGUCUCAUUGACUCAGAAACUUCCAAGUCCAAGCCAGCAUUGUAUGGGCACAUUUUCCAGCCAGGAGACUGGCCCACUGCUGAGCCAGCCACGCUCCUCUAUGGCUCCUCACCAAGACCUGAGUAAUACCUUGCCCUUGAAUUCUCCAAGGCUGCAAAGAAGCUAUCUUCAUGCACCUGAUACUAUAGGUGUCUCUUCAGUUGACUAUGUGCUGGAUCCCACAAUGUUGAAAAUGCCUGACAGUCCCUUGGUAACUGGAGCAGGGUGCCAGGACCACUGUGGAGAGCCCAGAAGCCACAGCCCUCAGGGAAAUGUUAGAGGCGGCUCCUCCAUGGCACACUCUGCUUGGUGUGGGUCUGCAAUAUCCAUGGCCAUGGGAUCUCGUGGUCAAUCCAGUGUACCAGAGAGCAUUCCCCUGGGGGCAGAGGGCAGGAGAUCAGUAAGCACCAGUCCCCAAGACCAAGGAGGAGACCUUAGAAACACGUCGAUGGGCUUGAGUACCAGGGUGGGUUCUGUUCCUGAAGCCGAGGCAGCUGUACAAGGAGGAACAAAAAAAGCCAGUUCCCUGAACAGGAUCUCUAGCCCACUUGAAAUGAGAGCCAGCUGCCCCUUAGAGGAGGGUAACAACCAAGGCAGGGAGGUGAGGCAAGAGGCAGAGGAGUUGGCUGAGGACCUCAGUCCUACCAGUGGUGCUUUCUCAGCACCCCUGUCCCUGCCAACAGUGCCUCACCCAGAGGCCUCUGCCCAUACAUCCACGGGUCUAGCUAUGUUGGAGGAGACCAGACAGGUAAAGACCCAGGGAAAGCAGCCUCAUGACUUGGUGCUUGGGGGCACAGUCCUUCCUUACUAUGAGAUUUUGUUAGAACCUGAAUGUUCUUCAAGGGCCCCUGGCAGGCCUCAGUGUCAACAAAUGGACCCAUCAGUGUCAGACGUGACCAGGAACGAGGGUGAAGCACAGGGAUUUCAUGUGGCAUCUCUCUCUGUUGAACCAGGACAUCUGUUGACUGAUGAAAGGAAAGUCCUUCAGGCCACACCCCUCUCUGCAGACAGCUUUCAACCUCUGCCUAACACUGAAACUAACACAAGGCCGUGGUAUCCCUCACAGACUUCCUCCCAUGCUGACCCUGCUCUGGACAAAAGCCAUUGUCCUAGAGAACUGAGACAUUUCCUGGGAACAGGUGAACAGUUUAAAUGUCGCUCUAGCUCUUCUGAAAUCAUAGAGAAAAAGAAAAAAGCAACCAAAACGCCUUCCUCUGCUGGUCCUUUGGGCUCAGACAGUCUUCCUUCUUCAACAGCUGUAGAGGAGGACAGGAGGGUAAUACCAGAGAAAGUAGUGGCUGCCUUAUCUUCUCAGGCCCUUUCUGAUGAUCCUAGAGUGAUUCUGCAUGGGCAAAGCCAAUUAGCUCCAUGGGAGACUGCAGAGGGCAUGCCCCCUGGCAAUCAGGAGAGCAGCCCGGCACACCAAGAACCUAGAAUUUUAGACACUACGUUUGGAGGAGCUUCAGGUAACUUCUUAGUAGCUGCACAGGGAGUAAAAACAACCUAUUUUGAAAGUCAGCUUAUGAUCUGUGAUGUUCAGAAUUCUGCCAGUCUCUCAGGCCCUAACCAAGACCAUGUCCAACACCUUGAGGCUUCCACUGGCUUAGAAGGGAGGGCAAGUCCCAAACAAGGUACCGUCCUGCCUGGAGCCCUGAGAAGGGUUGAACUGGAAGCUCCCUCACAGCAGUGUGUGAAGUGGAAGGGGAAUGUUGGCUCUGGGCUGGCAGAAGCCUGCAGGGCUGGCAGCAAACAUCCCAGGCCAACUCCAUUGCCAGAUCAAAGACCUAGCCCAGAUCCUGGAGGAGUUAGGGAGGAGGCCCUAUGCAGAUGCCCACAGGAAACUUUAGAUUGUGUUGUCUUCUCAGGGAGCAUUGAAGGCAGCAAGACUAAGAGCGCAUCUGGGGGGCAAGAAGACAGCAGAACUCUUCCUUGCCAACAACUGUGCAGUCCUCAACCCAUUGCUUCUCAUGCCUGUUUCAUCACUUCCUCCACUUUACUGUGUUAUAGAGAUGGUGACAUGGGGAAAGGGACUUCUAAGGUUGCCCCACACACUCUUCACCCACCCUGCAUAGUACCUUCCUGGGCCUGUAGAAUGGAUGAAAAAGGAGAGAGCUAUCCCAGGGAACCUGGGAUGCUCUUGGCACAUGGCCUUGAACCCAAAGGCAUUAAUGUGGAAUUUGGGGCAACAGACAGCAGCACUCUGGAGCCCUCCACUACUGCUGCUGUCCUAUCUCUGGCUGAAGGCUGCAGCUCCCCUGCUCUCCCUGAUGUGAGGACAGUUUCCCUUAGCCACUCAGUAGCUGAUGGAAGCUCAAAGUCAGUCGGGGAUCCUGAGAAAAAGGUUGCUGAGAAAACCAUACAAGAGCGUGAGGCUGCCGCUUUCCCUGCAGGCAUAUACUCUGAGCCACUGAGGAAGCUUCAGCACAGCUCUGUAGGUGGCCAGAAUGCACAGGAGUCUCAAACUAAGCCAGAACCACCUGUAGCAACCGGGAGACCACACAUUCUGAAUUUAAGUGAAGGGUUUGUCGAGAGUGAGUUGGUGGUAGAACCACAGCAUAGAUGUUUAGAAAAUGUGGUCAGAUGCCUUCCAGAAAAGCCACAACUUUCCACUGAGUCCAGGAAUCACAGUAGUUUGCAUCCCCAAGCCAAGUUCAUAGCAAAGUUAAAGCACGUCUCCGGUCCCCAGGUUGACAGUCCCUGGGAGGAGGAAGAACAGGAGGGAGACCAGGCUUCAGGCGGUGGUGAUGAACCUCCCCAGGGCAGGAGUCCCCCACGUUCCGAUGAAGGUAGCUUGAAUGGCUGUCAGGUUAGAGAUGCGCGCGGAGAGGAGGUGGCUGCAGCCAAGCCCCCUGUGUCCAAGACAUUUUCAUCAGGCUUCAAAGGCUCAGCUGCUGUCCCCUUGGGGCAAAGUGGAGCACCAUGGCCUGCAGCCCAGAGCCCUGGCCAGCCCUCUUCUGGCAGGGAGCAGCCGGCUCCCCGCCACAGGUGCUCGGUUCCUGUGAUUGCAAUCUUCUCUGGCCCCAAACACUCCAAGUCCUCCCCUAGACAACAGUUCUCUGUGGUCAGCUCUUCCCGGUCUCUUCAGGAGCUGAACUUGAGUGUGGAGCCUCCUUCUCCUACAGAUGAGGAUACACAGGACCCUAACAGAUUGUGGAACACACAUCCCAGGGACUAUUCCUCAGGAAGGUCGGCGGCGAGAACAUCUCUGCAAGUUGAGGGCUGCAGUCAGAAAGCCUUGUCUAAUGUGGAAAAUAGCACUGCUGAUCACAGGCCCCUGCAACCUGCCACCCCUCCUUACCCGACAUCUUCAGCUGUCUCCUGUAUGCCAACCCCCGAUUUCAUGACCAGCUGGAAGUCUGGUACUCUGGAACAGGCCCGGCAGGGAAAGCCAGCGAGACGAGGUGACCAGCGCAGCCCAGAGAAGCAGCACUCCGAGGCGGACAAAGGAGUGUUGCACUUUGGCUCCAGUGACAUCAAUCCCUAUGUCCUGCCCUGGUGGCCAGAGGGGCCUGCGUGCAUUGGCUGGAAGCAGUAUGUGUUUGGCAGUGCAGUUGAUGUCUCCUGUAGCCAGACACCCCAGGGCCUCAUACCAUCAAACAUUGCCCGGUGCUCCAGCAUGGACAACGGCCUAGACGACCAGAACGCUCUAUUCCACUCCCACCUCAGCACCUAUGCCAAUGCCCGGGGCCUGUUGAGCACACACAGCAGCAUUGAAAAUGCCCGAGGUUCACAUGAGGCCUGGGAAGUAUGGGGUUCCUCAUUUGCCUUGGGAAACUCCCGCAUCCUAACUGACUCUGAAGGAGCAGCCCCCACUAAGGGUCCUGACAAGAGAGCCCAGUUCCCAGGCACCCCUGAUGAAGCAGGCUGUCUGAGGAGUGAGGCCCCCUUGGCUGAAGGAAGUGCUGCAGGUCCAGUGGAUGAGAUUAUGCUGCUGUAUCUAUCAGAGGCGGGCAGCCCUGUGGAGCAGUCCAGGGUGAGCACCUUGGAGCAGGGCACACAGACCCAGGGCUGCAGGCUCCACUGGAGCUACACCGACAUCUCCUCUGCUCAGUCAGAAGCCAGUGCAAUGCCGGUCCCUGAUCUGGCCACUUGGACCAGCAUGCACAACCUGUCUCUCCACCUCUCACGGCUCCUGCACAGUACCUCUGAGCUGUUGGGGAGUCUCUCCCAGCCAAGUGUGACUGAAAAGAAGCAGAAUACCAAGAGGGAGAUCCCAGAUGAGGUGCCCGAGGUCCUUAUGAUGGACAGCUGUACUCAGACCACUGUGGAUGAGGGCAUCCAGACUGACCUGGCCUCACCACCUCUGCAGCUCCAGGCCCCAGAGGCCAACCCUCAGGAGGUCAGUGUAGUCCUUGAGGUGCUGGGUACAGAUAUCUCCACCAUGUCUCAAGAAAAAGGACAUGUCCCAGGGACACUUCAGAAGAGAGAGGCAGAGGAAACAGCAUGGAAAACAGCAGGGCCCCCAGAUCUUCAGGAAGAAAGCCCCCACUGCAGACCCCAGAGCCCUCCAGGACCCUUAUCCCACUUGAGGUUUCAGAAAGCCUCCUUUGGACAGAACCUCCCUUUUGUGAGCCUCCAGGCUUCCCCCGAUGCCUCCCUACCUCCCAGCUCUCAGCCAGAGGAACCCUCCUGUUUGGCUGUCAGCAGCCCCAGCCUCAGCAUCUCGCAUUCCCCGGGGCCCUGCCCCAGUGCUGUGGAGUCUGUCAGGGAGCCUGGGGUUCAGAAGGAGCUGUGCCCCACAAAUGCCUUGUUGGUGGACAGGGCCUCUUCCCCAAUCCUCACACUUAGUGCCAGCAUCCAAGCAUUGGGGCUGCCCUCAGCCUCUUUGCCUCUCUGGGCCCCCUCAGCUCACCCUCUUGAAGGCCACCAGAAGCUUGUCUCCAGCCCAGACCUUCCACUUGAUGCCCCUAGGCCUCCAAGGGAUAAUUAUUCUCAAACCACUGAAGAGUCAGAUGGCUCCCAGAGAGUGAGGGCUCCCUGUGGAGAAGUCAGAAGUCCCUUAGAAAGGAGCGAUGGCAGGUCUUUCCUUGAGAUAAGCUCCCCCAGCAGCCCACAGCAGAGCCCGAAACUCCAAGUUCAUUUCUUAGAGCAGCCCCCUCAACAGCUUCAGCCCAGGACCACCACCUGGGUCCAAAGCAGACUGCCACCUCCACCACGGAGCAGGAGCCAGAGGCUGGCCGAUCGCUUUGUGCCUGAGGGCGUGGCUUCCCUGGAAUGUGGCCCACUGAGCAGUAGGGGGCUAAGGCAAGGACAGAGCAAGACAGAAAAUGGGGGUGAGAGUUCAGCAUCUCCUGUGCAGCCACAACCCACUCUGGAUAUUUCCUCUUCGUGGGGAGGCCUCCAGCACCUUAGCCCCUGUCGUGUCUCUAAACUAACUGGUACCACAGGGCUCCAGGGUUCCACCUUGGGCCCAACUGAGGUCUGCCAACCUGAGGGGCUGCUGCGCCUCAGUUCCCAGAUGUGCAUGGCACCUGAGCCCCAGCAUCCCAGCCUGAGGGACCUCCCAAUGCAUAACAAAUUCAGUAAUUGGUGUGGGGUUCAGGAUGGCUCUCCUAGGGGGCCGGGUGUGAUGGAUCUCAGCUCUGGAGAGCAGGCACAGAGGCCCCCACAACCUCCUGACAACCAGAGCCAGGAUCCUGAGUGGUCCCAGAAGGAGCAGAUCACCCUGCAAGUUGGGGCCCAGAACCUCUCACUCAGCAUGGAACUCACAGAAGCGAAACUGCACCACGGCUUUGGUGAGGCAGAUGCCCUGCUGCAGGUGCUGCAGAACGGGACCGGGGAGGCACUCACGGCCGAUGAGCCUGUGCUGUCCACUUGGGAGGAGCUCUAUGCCCGGCAAAAACAAACCAUUGAGACUCUCCGGAGAGAGCGGGCUGAGCGACUUCAGAACUUCCGCCGGACACGAAGCCUCAGCCCCCAGAAGCAACUGAGCCUCCUGCCUAACAGAGAUCUCCCCACCCGGGACCCUGACUUACCCAGUAGGCGCCGAGAAUACCUGCAGCAACUGAGGAAGGAUGUUGUGGAGACCACCAGGAGCCAAGGGUCGGCAUCAAGGUCUGCUCACCCACCCUCUGACAUAGAGCUGAUGCUACGAGAAUACCAGCGGGCCCGUGAGGAGGCCAAGGUGGAGAUUGCCCAAGCCCGGGACCGACUGCGGGAGCGGGCUGAACAGGAGAAGCUGAGAAUCCGCCAGCAGAUCAUCUCCCAGCUGCUGAGGGAAGAGGAAAAACUACAUACCCUGGCCACCUCCAGCUCCCUGUGCACCAGCUCCAAUGGAAGCCUCUCCUCUGGUGUCACCUCUGGCUACAAUAGCAGCCCAGCCUUGCCAAGCCAGCUCCAGUCCCCAGACAAUGUGGGAGACACAAACUUGCCUGAUUCCAGAGUCUCCUGGAUAGGGGAUGUGCGGGGCCAUUCUGCAGUGAGGAACAGUCACCUGAAUCUGGCCGGGUCCACCUGGAAGAGCUUAGCCUACAGCCGCAGAGCCUCCCUGGGCAGUUGCUGCUGUUCUCCAUCCAGCCUGUCCAGCCUGGGGACCUGCUUCUCCUCCUCCUACCAGGACCUGGCCAAGCACAUUGUGGACAUCUCUAUGGCUGAUGUAAUGGCUGCUUGCUCAGAUAAUCUGCACAACCUCUUUAGUCACCAGGCAGCAGCUGGCUGGAACUAUCAGGGUGAGGAGCAGGAGGUGCAGCUCUACUACAAGGUGUUUUCCUCUACUCGGCAUGGCUUCCUGGGGGCAGGUGUGGUGGCCCAGCCGGUGUCUCAUGUGUGGGCCGCUGUGAGUGACCCCACCUUGUGGCCACUGUACCACAAGCCCAUCCAGACAGCACGGCUGCAUCAGCGGGUGACCAACAGCAUCAACCUGGUGUACUUAGUGUGCAAUAACACCCUGUGUGCACUGAAGCAGCCGCGGGAUUUCUGUUGUGUCUGCGUGGAAGCCAAAGAGGGGCAUCUGUCUAUCAUGGCAGCUCAGUCUGUGUAUGACACAUCCAUGCCAAGACCCAGCAGAGAGAUGGUCCGAGGGGAGAUCCUGCCCAGUGCCUGGAUCCUGCAGCCUCUCACCAUGGAAGGGAAGGAGAUCACCAGAGUCAUCUACUUGGUCCAGGUAGAAUUUGGUGCUCCAGGCUUCCCUGCUCCACUCCUAAGCUCCUUCAUCAAACAGCAGCCACUGGUUAUAGCCAGACUGGCGUCCUUCCUUGGUAGUUAGCAUCUCACCGUCAAGAUGGUGCUGCUGAGAUGCAGGCCCAGGAUAAUCCAAAGAUGCUGGGCAGCUCUUGUUACUCUCUGUACCAUGAUGCAAGAAGAGCCAAGGCUACCUGCUGUGGCCAACUGGACAGACAGCACUCAGCCCCGAGUUGCCAGUAAAGCCCACUCAGUACUUGGUCACGGCUGGCACCUCUACAGAGUGAGGGGGCCUGAGCUCCUGGUCCUGGCUGUGAAUGAAGCUCAACCCAGCUUUCUGGAUUUCUCUCACCUUUCUUUCUCAUCUCUGGGAUCCUAUGGCAGAUGAGCUGCUCGAGGACCAGGAUUGGGCACAGCCAGCAGAGCUGGGAGACUGCAGUGCUGUCUGCAGAGUGGUGCUUUGUUAGUUUGGCCCAGCCUUUGGGCUGGUAGGGAAACAAGCAGCCAUUGGCCACGAGUCUGCUCAGAAUCUGCCUCCAGCAUUCAGCUCCACUGUGGGAUGGAGUGUUAGGAAAUACCAAAACAGAAAAACAGUUUAAAAAAACAGCUGCACAAACCAGAACAUUGAUUCAGAAUUGUUUCUCCUUCUUGAAUUUUACAAAAUGCUUUAUUAUUAAUUUUUGCUUUUCCCUCCUCUUCCUUUCCCUCACAGGAGAGGACUUCGGUCUUUGCCUCAGUCAGGGGUACUGAGCAAUGAUCUGUCAUGGAGCCAUCACUCCAGAGCUCAGUAGAAUGGGAAGACCACUGUAGAAGUAGGUUAGAUAGAUUUGGGGUCAAGGUGGGGGCCUAGCUCUUUGAGGAGGAC